AUGCUAUAGCAACGUUCGGCCGCCUGACUCUAAAUACUGAAUAUGGAUUCAUCUGACUUACAUCUUGCAAUUGAUUAUGUUGGAUCUUGUGGUAUUGUUUUGACUCCUGAACAAAAAGCAACACUUCAAACAACCCUGACGAUUUUGAAGCAUGAAAAUAAGUUCUCAUACGUGUCAUUUUGGGGUAUAAUUCGAGGAAUCAGUGGAGACUAUUUUAUUGCUCAAGGAAUUGGUAAAGAUGUACUAAAAGAUAAAAUUACUCUAUAUAGUAAAGAUUGCGCCACAUGGGGGUUGUUACCGGUACCAGGGAAACAAGACAUUGAAAAAAGCAAACUCUUCAGAAUGAGACUAACGGGAGACCCUUCAUUUGAAGCUGAAUAUGUUGAAGUGAAGCAAGUGCCAGGAGAAGGUGAUGAGCUCGCGGAAACCGAAGAACUUAUAACAAUGAAAGAAGAAGAUAGACUUGCUGCUAUUAUUUAUCGCAUGGAAGAGGAUGUUGUUAUCGUUCCACGUGGUGCAUAUUUGCGAAUGUACAAUGGACAAGUUGUGAAGAACAAGUCAUUCGAAGGUUUGACAAUUGCUGAGGCCUCAAAACAACUAUCAUACUUUCAUUGUCGACUUCCAGUUAGUACGACCAUUAGACCACCAACAGAAAGAGCAAAUCAUGACAAAGCCAUAGAUUUCUUGGAUACUAUUGAGGAUGAUAAUCCUAAAGGUUGUUGGGCGAUUCAAUUUGAACGUGGAAGUAAUCUUGUCCUGGUUAAAAGUCUUUUAUGGAUUGGUUACGUUCUAUAUCAUGUACCAGGUACAAAUAAAUAUGGAUCAGUUUAUGUUGGAACAGGUGAAUAUAAUAUUGACCUGCCUUUUAUGAUAUAAUCAUACAAUAUAAAUAAUAAAAACUGUGGAGAAAAAUAAAAUAAAAUUUUUAUUUAUAUUUUUCUUCAUAUAAAAAAAACACUUGAAUAUUUGUAUACAAAUUAUUUUUAGAGAAAAAGAUUGAUUGUCUGUCUGAAGAAAAAACAAAACUAUAUAGUUCGUUUGUUCAUUUUUUUAAUUACUACUACUAUUCUCUCUCAAUGCAUUUGAAAAUAAAAACAAAAAGAGACGACAAGCAGACCACAGAAAGAUAGAUGUUAGUUUAGUUAGCAGAAAACAUUAUCUAUCAAAAUAUCACAGGAAAUGAAUAAUAAAUACUAAGCAAGCAGACACGAUUGAUGAGUACAGUAUGAUUAUGAUUAUUAUUCAUUGAUUUUGAAAUUGCAUAAAAGUUGGUUGGUUUGUCCAUAAUUGCUGAUCUGUUUAUUUAAUGUUUUGCGACUUUCUUCAGCUGAUAAUUCAUUUAGUAUUAAUCAUACUACUACUUUGAACAGGGUUUUGACUGGCCAAA